GCGGGCGGUGCCUAAGUCCCGGCUUGAGCGGAGAGGAGAGAAGGGAGGAGACGCCGAGUUGAGGCGAGCGGGGAGGGGCUGCCGGAGCAUGGCGGACCAGAUCCCUCUGUACCCGGUGCGCAGCGCGGCGGCAGCGGCCGCGGCCAGCCACAAACGCGCGGCCUACUACAGCGCCGCGGGGCCAGGGCCGGCGGCCGACCGGCGCGGCAGGUACCAGCUGGAGGAUGAGUCUGCCCAUUUGGAUGAAAUGCCACUAAUGAUGUCUGAAGAAGGCUUUGAGAAUGAUGAAAGUGAUUACCACACGUUACCACGAGCUAGGAUAACACGAAAAAAAAGAGGACUGGAGUGGUUUGUCUGUGGUGGAUGGAAGUUCCUCUGUACCAGUUGCUGUGAUUGGCUGAUAAAUAUUUGUCAAAGAAAGAAAGAACUGAAAGCUCGCACAGUAUGGCUUGGCUGUCCUGAGAAGUGUGAAGAAAAACAUCCCAGGAAUGCUAUAAAAAAUCAAAAAUACAAUGUAUUUACCUUUAUACCUGGGGUUUUGUAUGAGCAAUUCAAGUUUUUCUUGAAUCUCUAUUUUCUGGUAGUAUCCUGCUCACAGUUUGUACCAGCAUUGAAGAUAGGCUACCUCUACACCUACUGGGCUCCUCUGGGAUUUGUCCUGGCUGUUACUAUCACACGGGAAGCAAUUGAUGAAUUCCGUCGUUUUCAACGAGACAAGGAAGUGAAUUCACAACUAUAUAGCAAGCUCACAGUAAGAGGUAAAGUGCAAGUUAAGAGUUCAGACAUACAAGUUGGAGACCUCAUCAUAGUGGAAAAGAAUCAAAGAAUUCCAUCAGAUAUGGUGUUUCUUAGAACUUCAGAGAAAGCAGGUUCGUGUUUUAUUCGAACUGACCAGCUAGAUGGUGAGACUGACUGGAAGCUGAAGGUGGCAGUGAGCUGCACACAACGGCUGCCGGCCCUGGGGGACCUUUUUUCUAUCAGUGCUUAUGUUUAUGCUCAAAAGCCACAACAGGAUAUUCAUAGCUUUGAAGGAACAUUUACCAGGGAAGACAGUGACCCUCCCAUUCAUGAAAGUCUCAACAUAGAAAACACAUUGUGGGCAAGCACCAUUGUUGCAUCAGGUACUGUAAUAGGUGUUGUCAUUUAUACUGGAAAAGAGACUCGAAGUGUAAUGAACACAUCCAAUCCAAAAAAUAAGGUUGGUUUGUUGGACCUGGAGCUCAAUCAGCUGACGAAGGCACUAUUUCUGGCUUUAGUUGUUCUUUCUGUUGUUAUGGUAACCUUGCAGGGAUUUACAGGCCCAUGGUACCGCAAUCUCUUCCGGUUCCUCCUCCUCUUUUCCUACAUCAUUCCCAUAAGUCUGCGUGUGAACUUGGACAUGGGCAAGGCAGCAUAUGGAUGGAUGAUUAUGAAAGAUGAGAAUAUUCCUGGUACAGUUGUUCGGACCAGCACUAUACCAGAGGAACUGGGGCGCCUGGUGUACUUACUGACAGACAAAACAGGAACUCUCACUCAGAAUGAGAUGGUGUUUAAGAGGCUACACCUGGGCACUGUCUCCUAUGGAACUGACACCAUGGAUGAAAUCCAGAACCACGUCCUGAAUUCCUACUCCCAGGUUCAUCCCCAAGCAUGUGGAAGCAACCCCAGUUCAGCUCCACUGAGAAGAACCCAGUCUUCAGCCCCGAAAGUUAGAAAAAGCGUCAGCAGCCGAAUUCACGAAGCCGUAAAAGCCAUUGCCCUGUGUCACAACGUGACCCCUGUGUAUGAGGCUCGGGCUGGUGUCACUGCAGAGAGCGAGUUUGCCGAAGCAGACCAAGACUUGAGUGAUGAGAACCGCACCUACCAAGCAUCCAGCCCCGAUGAGUCUCCUCAGGUUGCGCUGGUGCGGUGGACAGAGAGUGUUGGGCUCACUCUGAUCAGCAGAGACCUCACGUCCAUGCAGCUGAAGACGCCUGGUGGCCAGGUCCUGACCUUCUGCAUCCUGCAGAUGUUCCCCUUCACUUCAGAGAGCAAGCGGAUGGGCAUCAUCGUCAGGGAUGAGUCCACAGGAGAGAUCACGUUCUACAUGAAAGGUGCCGAUGUAGCCAUGUCCACCAUUGUCCAGUACAACGAUUGGCUGGAGGAGGAGUGUGGAAACAUGGCACGUGAGGGGCUACGAACCCUCGUGGUGGCAAAAAGAACACUAACAGAGGAGCAGUACCAAGACUUUGAGAACCGAUACAGCCAAGCCAAGCUGAGCAUCCACGAUCGGACUCUGAAAGUAGCUGCCGUGGUAGAGAGCCUGGAGAGAGAGCUGGAGCUGCUGUGCCUCACUGGGGUGGAGGACCAGCUGCAGGCCGACGUGAGGCCCACGUUGGAGAUGCUGCGGAAUGCCGGCAUCAAGAUAUGGAUGCUGACGGGCGAUAAACUGGAGACAGCGACCUGCAUUGCCAAAAGUUCACACCUGGUGUCUCGGACACAAGACAUUCAUGUUUUCAGACCAGUAGCCAGUCGGGGAGAGGCCCAUUUGGAGCUGAAUGCGUUUAGAAGGAAGCAUGAUUGUGCACUGGUCAUAUCUGGGGACUCCCUGGAGGUCUGCCUGAAGUACUAUGAGCACGAGCUUGUGGAGCUGGCCUGCCAGUGCCCUGCUGUCGUGUGCUGCCGCUGCUCCCCCACCCAGAAGGCGCACAUUGUGACCCUGCUUCGUCAACACACCGGGAGGCGCACCUGUGCCAUUGGUGAUGGAGGAAAUGAUGUGAGCAUGAUCCAGGCGGCCGAUUGUGGAAUUGGGAUUGAAGGCAAGGAGGGGAAGCAGGCCUCGCUGGCAGCAGACUUCUCCAUCACGCAGUUCAGACAUAUUGGCAGGCUGCUCGUGGUGCACGGGCGGAACAGCUACAAGAGGUCUGCAGCACUCGGCCAGUUUGUCAUGCACCGGGGCCUUGUCAUCUCCACCAUGCAGGCAGUGUUUUCUUCAGUCUUCUACUUUGCAUCCGUCCCCUUGUACCAGGGGUUCCUCAUGGUGGGGUAUGCAACUAUCUACACCAUGUUCCCAGUGUUCUCUUUAGUGUUGGACCAAGAUGUGAAGCCAGAAAUGGCAAUUCUCUACCCAGAACUGUACAAGGACCUCACCAAGGGAAGAUCCCUGUCCUUCAAGACCUUCCUCGUCUGGGUGCUGAUCAGCAUCUACCAAGGCGGCAUCCUCAUGUAUGGGGCCCUGGUGCUCUUCGAGUCAGAGUUCGUCCAUGUUGUGGCCAUCUCCUUCACUGCGCUGAUCCUGACCGAGCUGCUCAUGGUGGCUCUGACCAUCAGGACAUGGCACUGGCUGAUGGUCGUGGCAGAGUUCCUCAGUCUGGGCUGCUAUGUGGCCUCGCUUGCUUUUCUAAAUGAAUAUUUUGGUGUAGGCAGAGUGUCUUUUGGCGCUUUCUUAGAUGUUGCCUUCAUCACAACUGUGACCUUCCUGUGGAAAGUGUCAGCCAUCACCGUGGUCAGCUGCUUUCCGCUCUACGUGCUCAAGUACCUGAAGCGAAAGCUGUCCCCUCCCAGCUACUCCAAGCUGUCCUCCUGAGGGUGACUGAGCCUAAGCAGAUACACUCCUGUGCUGGGCAGCAUGGGGACAGGUGCUCCUGGCUGCUGAGGGCCACCCUCACCCUCUGUCCUCUUUAGUGCCCAUACAUACUGUAAGCAGCAUGAGCCUUCACUAAGCAGGAGUCUGAUCACUUCACCGCUGCUGUGAGGCUCUGCCCUGAGAACCAAGAGUUUAGUUUCUGCAGCACUUUCCUUGAUGGUGAGCAACAGAAGCCAUUCCCACCUGGACAGUAAAAUCUGGCCACUGUGCACCUGCCACUUGCUGCCCCUCAGCUGAUGGCGGGCCUGCACACCAUCCUCUGUUGCUGACACACUCCUCUCUAGAGCCCAUGUCGCUUUGUGGUGGACACUCACGCGGCCAUGAGUCCUCAAGUGAAGAAUCCUCUCUUCACCCAUUUGAGAGCCCAGAUGACCAAAUGGUGACUCUUCUGACCACAGGUCCAUCGCAGCUAUGAAUGUAAACCAUUCCUGCACGGCCCUGCUGUUGCGUAAUGUGCUUUCACAACUCCCAUCCUUUGUAUU